AACAAAGCUUUCUUAUUCCAGUUAUUCCAGAGGUUAUUUUAAAAUUAGCAUUUUUGUUCUGAAGUUUCUAAAAUAGUCUGGGGAAGUUUUGGACUUGAAUAAAAUUCAAUCAACUUUGGAUAAAAAAUACCUGGUCAUAAGUUAGAGUUUGUAAUUAGUUUCAAAUUGAUUUAACUAUAAAAGAUUCUGUUCAGUUAUUAAACUAUUAUAAUAGGCCUAAAGAUCAAAAAAGUUAUAUUGUUUUGUUAAGUAACAUAUUCAUACAAUCGAUACCUAUUUAUUUUAUUUGCCUUAAAAAAUCAUGGAAACAAGAGAACAUCGGGUAGGUCAAGGUGGUUUAUUUCAUUCCCACAAAGUGAAGUACAGCAAAGACACUCAGGAUCUUAUACACAGGCUUAUAGAAGAGAGUAAACUAUCUAUUUUACAAAGGCAGACAUUAAGAGAAUCGGUGAACCGAGGAGAACCGCUUCCAGGGCCGACUCCACAUGCGAGCACACGUAGCCACAGUGCAUCUACACUUAAAAAUGGAGAGAUGCUGGUCCCUCCAGCCCUGCCUCGUAGACGAAGCUACCAAGCCAUUGUGAAAUCUGGAGCUUAUCAGCGAGACCCCUUCGACCCACCUUUCAACGUCAAUAUGAAGAACAGAGAUGUUGAGAAACAAAAGUUGCAGAGUUUGAUGACAUAUGGGAAGGAACUACCACCAGAUCAUCUCGAUGUGAAGGAACAACUGAAGCUGCGUCGAAACACGGAAAAACAAGAUCCUGAUGCAGAUGCUGUAUUUGAUCACUUGGUAGAAGAGGUUAGGGAGCGUCUGGAAUUUCUCCAUGAGAUGGAAGGUCUGGGACAGGCAAAAGCUUACCAAACAGUGAUAGAACAGGAGGUUGCUGCUAAGAUGAGACAAAUGGCUAAACUGGACCAAGAAAAGUUCCUAGGGAUGAGCGGCAGCCUGGAGGGAAUCAGAUCUGCUGUGAAGCCAGCGAAAAGAAACACUACUUGUAACAUCAAUAAUAUCUUCCCACACGACUGAUGGUGAGACAAAAAAUUAACUGGUCGUGACGGAAAAUGUGGUAGUUUAGUAUGUGGUUAACAAAGCAGAAAUGAGUGAGAAUUAAAAAAAAUGUGAGCUUUGUCUUAAAGAGAAAUUUGUGAUUGGACACACUGUUUGAAUGGAUGUUUAGUAAUGUGUACAAGUAUUUUUAAAUCACUCAGAUAUAUUUUUACAAAGUUUUCAAUAUUAAAAUCUUUUUGUAAUUUUAAGAAAA